AAGCGGAAGCGGGUAGGCGGGGCCGGGCGCGACCAGCGAGCGAGAGAGGCCCUGAGUGCUGCGCUAGGACCGAGACUGUCGGCCGCGUCCCAGUUCAGGCGCUGCUCAGAUCUCCGAAUUCGCGAAAACGUCAAAACAAACGGAAAGACUUGAGGCUUCCGAGCCUUCGCAGCUGCCGCUGCUUCUGCCGCCUGAGACUCCUUCACUGUCUCCGCCGCCGCCUCAGCCACCGCAGGACGCGGCCCUGGGAGGCCUCUAGGCCUAGGCGCCUCCGGUAAACCCCGACGUGUAGCUGCCGUGAGUAAAACGAACACCCUCUGCACAGCCGUGUACAGAUUAAAAUGGAGGAAAUAUCGUUGGCUAACCUGGAUACUAACAAGCUAGAGGCGAUCGCUCAGGAGAUAUACGUAGACCUGAUAGAGGAUUCUUGUUUGGGAUUCUGCUUUGAGGUGCACCGAGCAGUCAAAUGUGGCUACUUCUACCUGGAAUUCGCAGAAACCGGUGGCGUGAAGGAUUUUGGCAUUCAGCCAGUGGAAGACAAAGGAGCGUGCCGUCUCCCGCUCUGCUCCCUUCCUGGAGAACCAGGGAAUGGGCCUGAUCAGCAGCUGCAGCGCUCACCUCCAGAAUUUCAGUAGGUGCAACACGACAGUCUGGGAGUGACCAGGACAAUGAUAUAGACUGGUCUUGUGGCUUGAAGGAGUAAGCUAAAGAGAAAAGAGCAAAGAGAAGAAAAGAAAACAAAUCAGACAAAAGCCCUAAUUUCCCCUUGAAGAUCCUAACAUUAAAAAGAACAACAACAAAAGUGGAGAACUUUGAAAUUCGAAUGCUUUUUAAAAAAACUCAUCUAAUGCCAGCUCUGAUACCCUGGGCCCGAGCGAAUGUACAACCUAGGGACUGCUUAAACACAACUGAAUAUACACAAGAUCCCUGUACUGCUCUCAGUACACACAUGAGCAGUUGAAUGCCCAGCAUAUAAAGUCAUUUUGCUCUUCAGACUGUCUGUCUGCUUGAUGUCAAGAGUUUCCUUGACAUUGUGGACAUUACUGAUGAUCAGGCCAUCAGUGGGACUGCUCCUAUGAUCUCCAAGACUCUUAAUUUGCAAUUUUGUGAUACAAAUGGAAGUCAGGUAUGAGAUCUGGAUACUAUUACCAACUUAGAACAACCAAGAGAAAAAUCCCAGUUGAAUUUGGUAGGGAACCUCUUCCUUUGACUACAAGAAGAAAGGUUCAGAAUCACCUGUUUUUCAAAGGUCCAACGUUGCAAUGAUUUCAGCAGGUUUGAGGACAAGGCCUAAACUUUGGUUGAGCAGAGAUUCUUCCUUUUCUUCCUAUUCAGCGAUACAGGCUUGACAAAGAACAACUUGUUGGACAGACAGGAUUCAGUUGUGAUUCUGUGCAGAGGUGGUAGGGACCUCUGCAACUAGAGUAUGCAUCCUCUCAAACUGGAAGAUUCUGUGAACAUAAGCUUAGUAGAGGCAUUUCUUUCCUACUCUUAAGUUACUAGUUACUUAGCUAGUCCAUGGGUCCAAUCCGGUCAUUAUGUCAGGUUACUACUCCUGGGACAGGACUGAACUAUAGAAGAUAUAGCUGUGCAGGAUGGAGUGGUUUGGAAACAGCUUGGAGGGAACCUCUUCCAGCUGCCCUUAAUAAUGUGAAUGGGUUAGUGAUAGGAACCAGGGGCAGAACUGGUUCAUCUAUUAGCUGGCUGCAGAAUCCUGUUACAUGCCACUGUUCUUUAAGUUGAACAUUUAGGGCUCUGCUAUGAUGAACACUCAGACACUCUACCACUUUCUCUGCCCCUCAUAAGAAGCAAUCAGACCUUCCCUCUUGGUCCUCUUUGGACCACACUGACAGCAAGAGCUGUCCCUUUUUUGUUUUGGGAAGUAAGGAAGAGGCCUCCAAAACACAUUGGCUUUAGGAAUGGGAUACAGGAUGGUGGAAAGUUAGAGUUGCAUAUCAAAACUGCCCUCUACUCCCUGAGCAAGAGUUCAUAUAGUUCAUAGGAGUCCUGAUGUGAACAGAAAGGUGCUGCUUUAUUUGAAAUGUUUUCUUACCUCAUUCUGUGGCCCAGUAAGGGGCCCAGCCUCAUCCUGGCUUGGCCCCAUGUUCCUGUCCACUGCUCCACUGCCUAUCUGGUGCAGCUCAUGACUCCAGGUGCUUCUUGCCACUCAGACUUUCACCUUGACCAGUUUCAGUUUAUCUUGCUUAAUGUUUCUGAAGUCUGCCCAGUUUCUCUUCCUUGGCUUCUGUUAAGUUUGUGUGUUCUCCCCUCCUACCUCUUUUUGUGGAUAACUCAAAGGAGACUAUUUGGAUCAGAAUGGGAAGAACUUAGAAACUUAUGUAUUUAUAAGGCAGUGUCAUAAAAUAUAAGAAUUUUUUCUGUAGGACUGCCUUUCUAGUAUGCCCUUCUGCUUUGUUUUGAUGAGUUUUAUGCCACUUCCUUUUGGAUACUGCCUCUUGGGACAGAGAUAGAACAGUGAUCCACUUUCUCUUAUCUUUGCUGUGUACAUAUCUUUUUUUAUCCCAGAAAAUAACUCUAUGGACUGAUGUGGAUUUAUAUUUUGGAGAGUUAAAACCAGAGUGAUUGGGCCUUGAGACUAUAUUGCCUUCUCCCCCUAGACUUGUCCUGAUCGGGUUUGAGUCCUAGUUACUAUUGACCUUCAAUCCAAAAGUUGUGGGAACUUUUCAAAAAAAUCAAACCUUGACAAGAAUAAUUUGGAAUUAUCUCUGCCCUCAAUGUAUAGUGAUACCUCCUAAGAGAAUCCAAAAGGGAAGGAGGGUAUAAGAUUGUGGCAUACUUCUAAACAGUGUUUUGGAAACAAGAUGCAUAAGGGAGGAAGACAGUAAUUCACUCACUUUUAUGUAGGACACCGAAAUUGUGAGUUUACUGUUUGUGUAUUUCCUUUUCAGCUUAUACUUCUGGUUAGAUGAGGGAGGUGAGGUACAAAAUUUUGAGUAAAGAUUGAUUCACAUUGCUUCCCUCUUGUUUUUUGUUUAGUUAUGUUUUUCCCCAGUACCACCAUCCUUAGGGCAAUAGCACUCUGCCCUUGGAAAGGUAUAAAGUGGGUAGCAGGCACCCUGAGGGGACAUACUACUUUUUAAAGGAGGUAAUGUUCCCUACAGUAUACUUGACAGUGGUUAGAACUCUCCCUUUCCCUAUCUACUUUCCUUAUAACCUCAGAAUUCCUAUCCUUCCCUCUUCAAUUAAUUGUAUUGAUCACUCUGUAAUCCUAUUAUGUAUCUUGAGUGUGUAUGUGUGUAUGGGGAAAAGGGGUUCUUUAAAAUUUUUGUGGAUUGUGGCUUUUUUCCCCAUAAUUAUUUCCUAAUGCCGCAUGCCCAGGGGCCACUGCCUGGCAUUAUCGCAUGCUGGGAUUAUUGGGGGAGGGUAGUGUGAAAUUUACCACUGUCCUUUAUUUUGGAGAUUCUUAUUUUUGCAUAAGUAAUCCAUCCUAUACAGAUAGCUGGUUUAACUCUUAUCUGUUUCCCUUACCCUUAUGGCUGCUGAUGUAAAUAAACUGCACCUUCUUAUUGCUAAAAAAUAAUAAUAAAAUUUUAAAAAAUGA